CUCCACCACGUGUCUCGCCGACCUCCAUGCCGGAAAAUUCCCAGGAUUUGGAGCUCCUCAAGCUUCAAAUAGAGAAGCAGCGUCUAGAAAUCCAAGUCUUGGAACUGGAAGCUCAAGCAAAGGCGCGAUCGCUCUCGUCUCCUAGCAGUGGUAAACCGGCAGCGAUUCCUUCGCUCGACACUGUGCGUUCCGGACACAAUGCCGGUAAGUCUCAAGGUCAACUUGACCACAACACACGUAUCACUCAUCCGCAAGAAUGGCCUCAUUUGCAUGUCCCAUUCGGUCUUGCCAGGAAAAAGUUCCAAGACCUGACUACUUCUGAAUUCGUUUACGGUUAUUUAGACAUUGUUAACUCCGAACCACCGGAGAAACAAGCCGUCAUGACCCGACAUUUGAUGUCUUUAAUGCGACUCGCUUCGAAGUAUAACUGGCCCGCUGUUCUUUCUUUUCAUGCCGCCGUAUUGGAUCGCAUCGAGGCCGGCCUUGCCAACUGGGGCGACGACUUCAGCGAGAUAGAACGAUUUAACAUCACCGAAUCUCAGCGACUUCCCACCACAACACCGUCCGCACGUAUCGCCACGCCUCCCAGUCUCAACAACCGCUCACGCUCCUAUUGCCGCGAAUGGAAUCGCACUGGCGUUUGUAACAACACCAACCACCAGCUGGGAAUGGAGCACAUCUGCGCUUAUUACAAACUCUCAGAUCAUACCAUCGUAUCUUGUCCUACUCGACCACCGCCUUCUUCAAACCGAUCCACGCCCCCUACGUCUGAUUGACUAGUCCACUCUCCGAGUCCUCCUGACCUAAUUCCAUAAUCCCCGGACUAUCCGCUUCCUCCGUUAACUUCGUCGGAAGUGUCGUCCGUUCCUGUUUUGCCGUCUGGUCAGCUUUCGCUCUCCAGGGCCCGUUCGUACGCUGCCGUUGUUCGCCACAUCCUCUGUUCCAAGUCGUCAAACCCCAACGCCUUCGGCCCUCGUGUUCCCGUUCCUUCGAAAUUGAACAUUCCCUCGUAGAAAUCCGCUCUUGACAAGUACUCCGAUUCUGUAGUGGCCGAUUUUCUCGCCUUCGGUUGGCCCAGCAACUACCGCUCCCGUUUCUUUCCUACACCUUCCAAAUCUAACCACUACUCCGCAGU